CUCCCACAUCAUCAUUUCUUCACUCAUCAUCAGCAGCCAUGCAUUUACUUCUCACUCUGCUGGGAGCUGUGCUCUCCUCUCUGAUGGUUUCUUCUGAAGUCCAACCUCAGGCAGACUUCAAUGUACAGGCGAUGGCAGGUAAGUGGUACCUGAUUGGAAUUGCCACUGAUGCCCAGUGGUUUGUCAGUCACAGAGCCAGCAUGAAGAUGGGCACGGCCAUGAUUACCCCAACUGCUGACGGGGAUCUGGAGAUGUCAUAUUCCAGUCUUAGCCCUAAUGGCUCGUGUUGGAGAAUGAACAAUCUGGCCAAAAAAACUGAGAUACCGGGAAAGUUCACAUACACAAGUCGGCGCUGGGGGUAUCUCAGUGACUUGCGCAUGGUCGACGUGAAGUAUGACGAGUAUGCCCUGAUUCAUUCCAUCAAAACAAAGGGGAAAGAAAGCUAUGUUGUUAACAAACUAUAUGGGCGUGGUGUGGACCUCAGCGCUGAGGUGCAAGAGAAGUUCAUUCAGUUCUCCCUGCAAAGCAGCAUCCAGCCUGAAAAUAUUGUCAUCCUUCCCAAAAACGGUACUUUUACCUCUGAGAUGUUUUAUUUAAAAUAACUGCAAUCAAGAGUGAUGUUAUGCACUGAUCACUUUUCUAUUUUCUUUCCCUUUUCCUCUCUAUAGAGCAGUGCCCAGCUGCCUAACCUUGUGUCCAGGUGAUCAUCUCACCGAGGAGCUUUCACUGUUCUGAAAAUCUCACGUCGAUGACCUGAGACAGUUUGCUUUUUACUUUACUAUCUCUGCUCUUUCGUUAUUAAGAGAGCUCAUAAUAUCACAAAAUUAUAUUCAUCACUUUGCAUUUAUCCACCUGCUGUUAUAACCACAGAAUUAAAAAGUAUGA